AUGGCAUGCUCUUCGGCAUCACCAGAGCAUACGCUAGGAACCAACUCAUUCUUAUCGGUAGAAGACUAUGAAAAACCAUUUCUCAUUUCACCCCACAAUACCUUCUCUUUUGGAUUCUAUGAAGUAGGUCACAAUGCCUUCUCCCUCUCCAUCUGGUUUACCAAUACAAUUGACAAAACUGUUGUUUGGGUAGCAAACCCCAACUCACCGGUGAAUGGUCAUGGAUCCAAGUUAUCCUUUUAUCUGGAGGGUAACUUAGUCCUCAGUGAUGGCAAAGGCUCCAUUGUGUGGGACAACAAGAUGAUGUCCGGACAGGGCUCUCGAGUUGCUCUACUUGAAACAGGCAAUCUUGUCAUCACCGAUUCCAAGGAUUGUGUUGUGUGGCAAAGCUUUGAUUCACCCACUGAUACCUUAUUACCUUUGCAGCUCCUUACCAAGGAUAAAAGGUUGGUGUCUGGCUACUACAGUCUCUACUAUGACAGUGAUAAUGUCCUUCAACUCAAAUAUGAUGGACCAGAGAUCUCAAGUAUUUAUUGGCCAAACCCAUAUUAUUCAAUAUUUGAUAAUGGACGAACUACCUACAACAGCUCCAGGAUUGGAAUCCUCGACAACACUGGUCAUUUCAUGUCAAGUGAUGGCCUAAACAUUGUUGCUUCUGACUCGGGUCUUGGGAUAAAUAGAAGGCUCACGAUCAAUCAAGAUGGCAAUCUUAGAUUGUAUAGCUUAAAUACACUGGAAAAAAAAUGGACAGUCACAUGGGAGGCCAUGCCUCAAAUCUGUGGGGUACAUGGACUAUGUGGGGGAAAUAGCAUAUGUGAGUAUUCUCCUAGUCCUCGGUGUUCCUGUGCUCUAGAUCAUUUCAUGUUUGUAGAGAUGCAACAAGUUGAUUUUCAUGGAUUUGAUCUGGCCUAUAAUAUGCCCAUUUCAUUGGAAGGCUGUGAGAAAAUUUGUUCUGCAAUGAAUUCAUGUGUUGCUUAUUCAUACCGCGCUGGACAUGGUCGUUGCUUUGCUAAAGGUCAGCUCUUCAAUGGCCGAAAGACUCCAUCCAUUACUGGAAGCACAUACUUCAAGAUACCCAAAACUACCAACAUCUUGAUUGUGAAACAAUAUGGCUUGACUUGCAGACAUAAUAAUACACAUGAAAUGCAUCAGCAUCUUGAAAAGUUGUUGUACUACUAUAUAUGUGCUGCAAUAUUUGGAGGGCUAGAAUUGAUCUUCAUAACAAUAGCCUAUGUAUUCCUACAAAGCAAACAAAAUAUUCCAAAAUCAGUAUUGGAUGGUUAUGAAUUUAUGACUGAGCACUUCAAGAAGUUCUCAUAUAGAGAGUUGAAGGAGGCUACAGGAAAUUUUAAGGAAGAGCUUGGAAGGGGUGGCUCUGGAGUUUUUUACAGAGGCGUACUUGACAAAAAAAGAGUUGUGGCUGUGAAAAGACUAACAAAUGCAACAAAAGCUGAAGAGGAGUUUCAGGCAGAAAUAAGCGUAAUUGGUAGGAUUAAUCAUAUUAAUUUGGUUAGGACUUGGGGCUUUUGCUCAGAAGGCAAACACAAACUAUUGGUUUAUGAUUAUGUGGAGAAUGAGUCAUUGGAAAAGCAUCUCUUUGAAAGCAUAGAUGCAAAAAGAUUUCUUCGAUGGAGCCAAAGGUUCAUCAUCGCACUAGGAACAGCAAGGGGCUUGGCAUACCUCCACCAUGAGUGCCUUGAGUGGGUUGUGCAUUGUGAUAUGAAGCCAGAAAACAUACUCUUGACCCAAGACUUUGAAGUGAAAAUAGCGGACUUUGGCCUAGCAAAGCUAUCCAAAAGAAGUUGCUCUAGCUUGCAGUUAUCCCAUAUGAGAGGAACAAUAGGAUAUAUGGCUCCUGAAUGGGCAUUGAGUUUGCCUAUUAAUGCAAAGGUUGAUGUUUUUAGCUAUGGAAUUGUGCUUCUUGAAAUUGUGAUGGGAGCUAGGAUUUCUAGCCAGACAACGACAGAAGGGGAGAAAUUGGAUUUGACACAAAUAUUGGAAGCACUAAAACAAUUGGUAGCUAGUGGAGAUGUUACACACAUAGUGGAUGCUAAGCUACAUGGACAGUUUAACCAUCUCCAAGCAAUGGAAAUGGUAAAGAUAUCCUUAUCAUGCAUAGGAGAAAGAAAUAAGAGGCCAACAAUGGAUGAAAUCGUCAAAGCUCUAAUGGCAUGUUCUUGUGAAGAUAAAUAUAUAUAG